CCUCGCCCGCGUCCCGGCGCCGCCUUACGGCGCGUAGCGGCCUCUCGCCCGAGCCGCAGGAUCCGCGGGCCCGCGGCGUGAGCCAUGGCCCUGCCGGACGCCCCCGGACCAAGGGACACGCAGGCACUGUUGUCUGCAUCACAGUCAGUGGAGCUGCGGAGGCGAGACUACCAUGUGGAACGGCCACUGCUGAACCAGGAGAAGCUGGAGGAGCUGGGGCACUGGGGCUCAGUGCCUAGGACCCGCCAGUGGCGAAUCUGGUUGCGGUGCUCCCAGGCCCGGGCCCGUGCCCUUCUGUUCCAACACCUCCCAGUUUUAGUCUGGUUACCCCGGUACCCCGUGCGUGACUGGCUCCUGGGUGACUUGAUAGCUGGCCUGAGUGUGGCUAUCAUGCAGCUUCCACAGGGCUUGGCCUAUGCCCUUCUGGCUGGAUUGCCUCCCGUGUUUGGCCUCUACAGUUCCUUCUACCCUGUCUUCAUCUAUUUCCUGUUUGGUACUUCCCGGCACAUCUCUGUGGGGACCUUUGCUGUCAUGUCUGUGAUGGUGGGCAGUGUAACAGAAUCCCUGUACCCGGAUGAGGCCUUGAACUCCACAGUCAGUGAGGCAGCCAGAGAUGCCGACCGGGUGCAGCUGGCCUCCACGCUCAGCGUCCUGGUUGGCCUCUUCCAGGUGGGGUUGGGCCUGGUCUACUUCGGCUUCGUGGUCACCUACCUGUCAGAGCCUCUGGUCCGUGGCUAUACCACAGCUGCAUCUGUGCAGGUCUUCGUCUCGCAGCUCAAAUAUGUGUUUGGCCUCCGUCUGAGCAGCCGCUCUGGGCCAUUGUCCCUCAUCUAUACAGUGCUAGAGGUCUGCCAGAAGCUUCCCCAGAUGGUGGUCGGCACCGUGGUCACCGCAGCCGUGGCAGGGGUGGCGCUUGUGGUGAUGAAGCUGUUGAACGACAAGCUGCAGCGGCAUCUGCCCCUGCCGAUACCUGGGGAACUGCUCACGCUCAUUGGAGCCACAGGCAUCUCCUACGGCAUGGACCUGAAGCACAGAUUUAGGGUAGAUGUUGUGGGCAACAUCACCGCAGGGCUGGUGCCCCCAGUGGCCCCCAACCCCCAGCUCUUCGCAAAACUUGUGGGCAAUGCCUUUGCCAUCGCUGUGGUUGGGUUCGCCAUUGCCAUCUCUCUGGGAAAGAUCUUCGCCCUGAAGCAUGGCUACCGGGUGGACAGCAACCAGGAACUGGUGGCCCUCGGCUUCAGUAACCUCAUUGGGGGCAUCUUCCAGUGCUUCCCCGUGAGUUGUUCUAUGUCUCGAAGCCUGGUACAGGAGAGCGCCGGGGGCAACACACAGGUUGCUGGAGCCAUCUCUUCCCUUUUCAUUCUCCUUAUUAUCGUCAAACUUGGGGAACUCUUCCAAGACCUGCCCAAGGCAGUCCUGGCAGCCACCGUUAUUGUGAACCUCAAGGGCAUGCUGAUGCAGGUCACUGAUGUAUGCUCCCUCUGGAAGGCCAAUCGAGCGGAUCUGCUCAUCUGGCUGGUCACCUUUGUGGCCACCAUCCUGCUGAACCUGGACCUUGGCCUGGCAGUUGCAGUCGUCUUCUCCCUGCUGCUCGUGGUGGUCCGGACGCAGUUGCCCCACUACUCUGUCCUGGGGCAGUUGCCCGACACUGAUAUUUACAGAGAUGUGACAGAAUACUCAGAGGCCAGGGAGGUCCCUGGCGUGAAGGUCUUCCGCUCCUCGGCAACCGUGUACUUUGCCAAUGCUGAGUUCUACAGUGAUGCGCUGAAGCAGAGGUGUGGGGUGGACGUUGACCUCCUCAUCUCCCAGAAGAAGCAGCUGCUCAAGAAGCAGGAGCAGCUGAAAUUGAAGCAACUGCAGAAAGAGAAACAACUCCAGAAACAGGACGCCUCCUCCAAGGGCACCUCAGUUUUCACUAAUGUCAACACCAGCCUGGAAGACAUCGAGAGCAAUAAUGUGGAGGACUCCAAGGCUGAGGGGAGGCAAGAGGUGAACCCAGGGGACAAGCUGGAGGACACAGCAGCCAGUGGUCAAGAAGAUGCCAAAGACCCAGACGUGUCCAUGCUGGAGACUCUGGGCCUUCCUCAGCCAGACUUCCAUAGCCUCAUCCUGGACCUGAGUGCCCUCUCCUUUGUAGACACUGUGUGCCUCAAGAGUCUGAAGAAUAUUUUCUGUGACUUCCGGGAGAUCGAGGUGGAGGUGUACCUGGCGGCCUGCCACAGCCCUGUGAUCACCCAGCUUGAGGAUGGGCACUUCUUCAAUGCAUCUAUCACCAAGAAGCAUCUCUUUGCCUCUGUCCAUGAUGCUGUCACCUUUGCCCUCCAGCACCCAAGGUCUGGCUCCAUCAGCCCUGUUUUGGUCACCAAACUCUGACCAUGCUGCCACCCUGCCUGAGAUUACCCACUUCUGGAGGUUGUGAUGGGGCAGCCUUGAAAAGCCUCCAACCCCUGGGCCGCCUUCAGAUGCCACCCAGGAGUCCCCUCCAUGCACACAUAUACAUACAACUCAGGGAUCGAGGUCCUGUGACUCCCAAGUUCAAUGCUCCAGGCCUGGGACAGGGUGCUAAAGAAAAGCUAGUACUGGCCGGGUGCAAAGAGGGAUCCGAUAUGUAUUUUUAGCCUCAGGAAUAAAGAUUUCUCUGCCCAGCUCCGGGCCCUGCUGUGGCUUGGUGGAGGCUUGGUGACAUGUGGUCCAUA